CAUCAACCAAUCUGACUAGAUAUUAAGCAAGCAUAAUGGGAUACUCCGAGGCCUACUGCCAUUUCUGCGGUGUCAGCUUCAACAUCGGUCGUGCUCGCGAUGUCGGAGAGCCCCACGUUGCCUCCUUUGGCAGCGACGAUAGCCUCUCCAUGGAGAUCGAGGAUCUAGAUCUAGCCGAGUGUGCUAAGAAGGGUUGCGUUUUCGCUCUCAAAUACCCAUAUCCCGGAGAGAAGGAUGACGAUCUAGAGGUUGAUCCCGACUAUCAGCCUGAGGAGUACGACGAUGGAGCUGACGAGCCGUACGAAUACGACUCAGAUUAUGAGUCAGAUAAAGCCAUGAGUCUCUCCGAAGACCAUCACGAUGACGAUACUCAACAAGGCGAGACGACCACGACGGAGGAUGAAGAGGAAGAAUUGUACCGCGACUUCCUCUCCAACACACUCCGCACACUCAACCCAAGACACUACACCGGAGAACCCAUCGGAGGCUUGGCCUAUUCCAAAACCACCGGAACGAAAAAAGACAUCCUGAUUCCAAUCACAUUCUCCGAGCUCCCGGAAGACUGCAGCCCCGAGGACCUGGAACACAUCCCCGCCCCGACGUGCGGCCAACCCAGCGCCUACCCCGGCUCGGCGAUCUCCGUUGCCGAAAUGCGCGGCUGCCGGACGGCCCAGUUCCUCGUGCAUAAGUCGCAGACGGAGGGAACGUGGAAGCCCGAUGGGCUGCACGAGAACUGGGAGACGGAUGCGGAGUGGUUCAUCUCCGGCGUAUGUGACGGGAUGCGAUCGCGCGAUUGCGGGUAUCCGGAUGUCUGGCCCGCGCGGGGUGGGGUCGAGACUGUGGCGGCGGACAAUGUCAAUUUCGGGUCCAUGGAACCCCACGAGCUUGCCAUGCCGUUCCACCCGUGGUGCUUCGACAUCUUCUCCCGCCAAUCGAAACGGCACUUCAACAAGGUAAACGUCGACGGACUCAUCAAAUGGCGCGAUGCCGAGUGCAGCUAUGAAGAGUUCCAUGAGUUUCCGCGGGCGGGUGAUGUCCUCGAGUCGCAGGAGCAAUGGUGGGAUCAUAAACCCGGCAGAGAGUAUCUGGCUGCGAACCCGCUUUACGUGCCUGGCUUACCGGCGUUGCUCGUAGGGGCGACGAGUCAGGAGCAGGAGGUGGAGGUGAGUAAUGCUACCUUCGAGAAUGCGGAGCGAACUCACCCGGAUACCUGCGUGGUCGACCACCUGAGCUCCCUCCCGCUGGACCUCCGUCUCCACAUCAUCAGCUUCCUCGACGCAGCAGACAUCACGCGCCUCCGCGCGGCGUCGCGGGCAUUUACGCACCUCCCCAACGGUGUCUGGUACCGCCUCGUCCGCGACGAGAUGCCCUGGCUCUGGGAGGCGUGGAACGAUUCAGAGAUCGAGCACACGCCCUCGUGGUGGACGAUGGUGAACGCGAACGAGGUCAAGUUUGUGAAUGACACGCGGAAUCACUACGCCAAGGUCUUGGGUGCCAAGCCGCCGGAUCAGGUUGAUCUGGUGGACCACCUGGUCCCGUGGCCUGCUGUGAUGCCGGAGCAAGUGAGGCUGGAAAGGGCGAACACCGAUUGGCACCGUGUUUUUACUCGGGUCAAGAGUCAGUGGGCUCGGUUGAAGGGGUUGCGGAACCGACGAAGGAUUUGGGAGGAUGUGGAGGAGAUUAUUCGUCGGAUUGAGCGGUGUGAAGGUAGUGGUUGA